AUGGCUGUAUACGAGAUCUUUCUCAUGUUGGCUAUGGCCAUGGUAGUUUCUGCUAUAGACGGUACUUGGUACGAUGCGCGAGCAACCUUUUACGGCGACAUGAGUGGUGGAGAAACCAUGCAGGGAGCUUGUGGAUAUGGUGAUCUUUUCAAACAAGGAUAUGGACUAGCAACGGCGGCGCUAAGCACGGCCCUUUUCAACGAUGGACUUAGUUGCGGCGCCUGUUUUGAGAUCUACUGCAACAAUGACCCGCAAUGGUGCAUUCCGAAGGCUGGCUCGAUCUUAAUCACCGCGACAAACUUUUGCCCUCCGAACUACGCUUACCGGGGCUCCUGGUGCAAUCCUCCGCAAAAGCAUUUCGACCUUUCUAUGCCAAUGUUCACGAAGAUCGCGUACUAUAAGGCCGGUGUCGUUCCCGUCCGCUAUCGCCGUGUCUUGUGUUCCAAGCAAGGAGGAGUGAAGUUCGAGAUUAAGGGAAACCCGUACUGGACACUCGUGUUAAUUUUUAACGUAGCCGGUGCCGGAGACGUGAACGCCGUGAAGAUCAAGGGCUCAAACACCCAAUGGAUUGCUAUGACUCGUAAUCGGGGGCAAAAUUGGCGGACCAAUCUUGUUCUGACAGGGCAAAACUUGUCAUUUCAAGUCAUCGUGAGCGACGGGACGAUGGUAGAAUUUGAUAAUGCGGCGCCUGCUGGGUGGCAAUUUGGGCAAACAUAUGAUGGGGGAAAGAACUUCUAG